UUGUUCUGUUUGAACGGAUCGUUCACUCACGGGCCAUCACUACGUUGAACCGUAGGUAGACGGUAACGAUGGAAGCCGGCGGCUCCCUCGUGAGUUCGAUGAUUGUGUAUGAGGAUGAGUCUGUGGAUAUUCGCUAUGAAAACGGGGCACAGUUACUGCUUUCGCCGUGUGGCACCGAGUUCAUGCUGGUGAGAGGUUCAGUCUCCUCUGAACAUCCGCUUCAAACUUCCGGGAGCGUUCGACAGAGAACGCGAUUCGCCACUAGCGCUUAUAAAGACUUGAUAAUAGCUGCACUAGCAUUCAGGAAUAAGUAUGCCAGUCGACCAUAUUUGCCAGAAGAACUCACCACUCCUGAUAACAAACAGCUUUUGUUUAGCCAGAAUCUGGUAGUGCGAUGGCCAGGGUGGUCCUUCUGUGAGCCAGAGUUUUUACCUGGAGGGGAGUCAAUUAUCAAAUCAGAGGACAAACACACUCUUCUGACGCUGUCACCCUCGGGUCAAGAGUUCUUUGUGGAGUAUCCAUGCAGGUUCAGCCAACAACAACAACAAGAAGAUUUAAACAGAACCCCUGAAACCAUCCCAGAUGUUUAUCAGCAGCUGAGAAGCAGCUUGACACAUUCGACUGUGGAUUGCCUGCAUCGAACCACCGAUGACAUGCAAGAGGUUCAACAGGAGGGAGGGAAAAGGUCAUGUUCUCGUCAAAUGAUCAUUGAUUACACUAAGCCAGAAGAGAAGUACCAGUCCAUCACAGUCAUCCAGCAUCACUCCUGUCAUGCAGUCGCACCACAUUGGUGCUACCCUCUUUCCUUAGCGCGCCGUCACUGGACAACUUGUGUCUCCAACAAUGAUGAUGAUAGAGAAGAGCAAACCGAACAUUCAAAGGCUGACCAAAUUCUCAAUACACCAGACUCGGGUGUUGCAGCGAGGCAGUGUCUCCUCCCUGAAGCCCUGCCUCUCAUCUGCCCAUCUCCUCACUUCCACAGCUGGAAGUUUCGAGACCCGCUAUCAAACAAACAAGCAAAUCAGGACUUUCCAACAGAAAUGGUGAAAGUGAUGUGGCACCAAGGGGUGACGUACAGGAUACUGGAACAAGAGGUCCCAGUCAUUGAAGUUUCUCCCGGGGAUGGGUCUGUCAUCCGAUCUAAAGGGGUCCUCAACUUGUACUUUAUUCAUUAUAAGCCUGAGUUCACAUCAGUGGAGGCAAAAGUCAGCCUUUCAUCUUUUUAUCCAUCUCAAAUUCCAUUAUUCACUUUUAUGGGAUCCCUUCCUGGAAAGGUUAAACCUACAGUGAUUUACAUGUCAUUAUCACAGGUUAAAGAAAUAACAUACCACGUGGAUGGCCUUCCACCCGAUACACCUGGACAGUUGUACUCGAUUUGCUUUGUUGUUAGUUUUGCAAGCAGACUUCUCGUUAUAUACAAUGAAGUCAGAAAACGAAAGCUGCCUACACCCAGCUGCUUGCUACAGCAAAAUGUGGUCUUUAAACCAACAGGGGUUGAUGGAAACCUCUCCAAUUCACCUCUGGAACAGCAUGAGAAUGAUAGAGAGACAAUAGGGAGUGGCAGAAACCGGUUAGAUCUGGUUACUGCGGAGCUUGCAAAGAUGCAGCGGUUCAUCUUUCCUUUGGAAAAGAGUGAAUUGUUGGGAAGGGAGAAAGGAUGCGCACAAAAGUGUUUGGCUGAAGCUGCUCAUGAGACAGUGAGUGAAACAAUCAUUGCAGAAGUUCUUCAGAGGACAUCCAAAGCCAUACAGGAUAUUGAUGCCAUCUUAACUGCAGCUAAGCAAACCUGAAGAAGUAUGGCACAGUUUGAUUGCUCGGGAUUAUUAUUAUUACUAACUUUUUUUUGCAUAACUCAAAUAAAUAAAUUACUCACUCUA